AUGAGGCAACGAUUGCUCCCGUUCGUCGCCAGCCUUCUCCUUGUGGCCUUGCUGUUUCCAGGAUCGUCUCAAGCCAGACAUGUGAACCACUCAGCCACUGAGGCUCUCAGAGAACUCGGGGAAGGAGCCCCUGAGCAAGGCACAAACGGGUCUCAGCUGCUACACCACCCAGUGAAACAGGACCUCUUACCACCGCGCACACCACUUUACCAAGAACCUGCAUCAGAUUUAAAAGUUGUCAACUGCAAGAGAAGUGAAGGCUUCUAUCAAGAAUACUGUAAUUAUAUGGAAACACAGGCAAAGACAUUCUGUUGUAGACUUAAGUUGCACUCAGAAACUCACAGAGUUAACAUAAGAAAGCACUUCCUAGGCAGUAAGAUGAUAAGACUCUUUGUUUGUAUAGUGAAUUAUCCACGAAAUAGUUCCUUGGGGAUUGUUUUCUGGGUCUGUGAUUUGGAAAUGGAUUCAAGUCUGGAGGAGAAGGGGAUGUUCCACCGGGAAUUAGAAAUACCAUCUGCCGUAUGCAGCAGGGGACCUGCAGACGUUUUUUAUGCCAUUCUGGUGAGAAAAAGCGUGACAUUGGCUCUGAUCCCUGGAAUAGGUGUUGCAUAUCAAAUACAGAUGAAGAAGGAAAAGAGAAACCAGAGAAGGAUGGCAGAUCUGGGAUCUAAAAUAUAA